CUGUCACUGGGAGUGGCGCAGCACAGCGUGAGACAGCACGGGAGCCGUUGGCCGCAGCCAUGAUCCUACCUGCACUCCUCGUCAUGGCAGCCAUCUGCUGCACAGAGGCUUCCCAGUUCCAGCGAAAGGUGGUGCCAGUGGGCAGCAGUGCCAUUGUGCCAUGCUCCUAUCAGAACUCAACUGCUAAAGAGCUGAAGGUGCAGCUGCUCCGAGGGGAGAAGGAGGAGGUCUGCUCGGUGCUGAUCCCUGAGAACAAGGUGAACGUGACGGAGCCGGGGGCCUGCAGAAUCGAGGUGUUCAACCACAGCGUGAACUUCCACCUGUCCAGCCUCCGGCCCAAUGACAGUGACCUGUACAGCUGUGACAUGCUGACUCUGUACCCGCCGCCAUUCCUCAAGAUAAUGGGCCAGAAGACCAUGGUCUGCGUCAUCGACAAAGCGGAAGAGAAGAUUUGCACCCAAUGCCCAGAUGUGAGGAGCGACGGACCAUUACAGUUGGCACUUUGGAUUCUGCUGGCCUUCCUCGCCCUCUACAGCCUCAUCACGUCCAUCGCUUUGUUUGUGAGUUAUGUGAAGCUGACCAGGAGCAAACAGAUGCAGAACGACUACAUGAACAUGCCCAGCAAGCAGAAGAAGAAGCAGCGCGUCGUCCACCCCAACUGCUAUCACACCCGCCGCUAGUGGGGCUUCACUCGGGCCCUCCGACUGCACCUCCGUGCCCAAUCCUGUGUAAGACUGAUUUGUACCGUUAUGGUGCCACCGCGAGUCAUCUUCUUCUCCACGCCCCACCUGACAAAAAGACAGUGGACUGACUGGGCCAGAGGGGGGUAUGCCCAUAGAAGGUCACAUGCUCAGGCUGGCACAUGCCACACCAAAUAUCAGCCCCGAGUUCUCAAGAGCACUGAGAGUGCUUGUGCAGCAGUCAUCACACACGUCCUUUCAGACCAGCUGGAGCCCACCGCUACCUCAGUGCCACCCAUCACGUCUUCACGGACCGAGCUGUCCAGAAGCAUCUGGCCACUUCAUAGAAAUGUGAGGUCAGCCAGAAUGACCCAUGUGGACAAGCCGCGGCGUCCACGACUGACGUAGGGAUUGAUGACAAAAGGGUGUCCUCAGGCAGUCCCCAUGCCCAGUCAAGUCCUGGAUGGCCCCUAGCCAUGGUGAGGUGAUGGACUGUGUCCAGUCUGGAGGGACGAACUGGUGACUGCGCCCAGCUCUCGGUGACAGAACGACUUUUGUAACGACACCCUGCUACCUAAAUAAAGCUGACGUGACGUCCA